CCCGCCACUAAGAGUCGGGGCCUGCAGGGCCGGGGCGUCCUGGGCGCCCGGGAUUGGCGUGUCGGGAGGCGUCUCCCGUCGUGCACCGGAGCACCGGCGAUUCACCCGGAAGGAGAAGCCGCGAGUGGCUAUAUGGUGGGGGCGCCGGCGGUGUUCCUGUGAGGAGUGGGUGCUGCUCUCAGAUGUUUUCUUCCAAUGGGCUUUUGGUGUAAGAUGUUGGAGAACCAAGAGCAGGAGGAGGUCAUCACUGUGCGAGUUCAGGACCCCCGUGUGCAGAAUGAGGGCUCCUGGAAUUCUUAUGUGGAUUAUAAGAUAUUCCUCCAUACCAACAGCAAGGCCUUUACUGCCAAGACGUCCUGUGUGCGUCGCCGCUACCGUGAGUUCGUGUGGCUGAGAAAGCAGCUACAGAGAAACGCUGGUUUAGUGCCUGUACCUGAACUUCCUGGGAAGUCAAGCUUCUUUGGCAACUCGGAUGAGUUCAUUGAGAAGCGACGACAAGGUCUGCAGCACUUCCUCGAAAAGGUCCUGCAGAGUGUGGUCCUCCUGUCAGACAGCCAGUUACACCUCUUCCUGCAAAGCCAGCUCUCGGUGCCUGAGAUAGAGGCCUGUGUCCAGGGUCGAAGCGCCAUGACUGUUUCUGACGCCAUUCUUCGCUAUGCUAUGUCCAACUGUGGCUGGGUCCAGGAAGAGAGACAGGGCUCUUCCCGCCUGGCUAAAGGAGACCAGCCGAAGAGUUGCUGCUUUCUUCCAAGAUCAGGCAGGAGGAGCUCUCCUUCACCACCUUCUGGGGAAGAAAAGGACGAUUUCGAGGUGUGGGCUCCCGUUGUGGACUCGGAGGCUCCUUCCUUGGAAAGCCCCCCUCUGCCGCCCCCCUCCUCACCAUCAUGUUGUGAUUUUGUGAGACCUGAUGAGGGGAUCUCUGCUCCUCAGCCUGUGAGGAGGGCCAUGGGAGGAGACCAUGCUGUGCCUUUGGACCCUGGUCAGUUAGAAACAGUUUUGGAAAAGUGAGCUCUGGGUUCUGCUCCGAGGUGGACGGAGAAGAUGCAGGCCAGGAGACUGGCUCGGGUGGGAUCGGGCACAGGGCAGGUGGUGGGGAGGCUGGGCUGCUGAGUGGCUUAGGGUUGCCUCUGCUCAGGUUGCUUGCACAGAGGUCGGUCACGGCGACUCCUCAAGCUUCCUCCAUAGGAAUAAACACUGCAGGUGUUUGUAAGUUAAGCAUAAGGCCCAGGGGCUGUUGCUUUUGAACAGAACCCCAUAUUUACUCUCCCAGGACCUGAGUUUCUUUAGAUGUUUGUUAAUGGGCCCAGGAGCACUGCCUCAGGUGACUGGUUUUGGGGACCUGUAAGUGGCAGAUUUUAAGCUGCUGUAUUGAAUGUUGUCACAACAGAAAUGCUUGUGUAGUUGUAUCCCACUGGCUGUUUUUGCUGUAGCCCCUGGAGCACUUCCUUGCGUGGACGGGGCGGUGAAUAUUUCUUUUCCCACCUCCUUGCUUCUCCUCCACUAACACCACUGAACGGAACGAUGCUUUGACUCCUGUCGCUGGGCUUUCCUGCAUAUCCCAAGACCUCAGCCUGGCUGUGUGAGGCCUGAGACCCAUGAAAUAGCUCAUGGUCAUCCAUGAAAUAGAAGUGGUUGGUCACAGCCAGAGGAAAGGCACAGCUCAGGGGGCUUUGUUUUGGAAAAGACUGUCCUGAGCUAUCAUCGUCUCCUCUGGUUAUAAAGCGGAGACGUGACUAUCUUUUCUGUAGGGUUAGCAUGGGCUCCUUUCUUUUUUGAAUCCUUUUCUUCUCCCUUAGUAACAGCUUCCUGCCCCCAGGGCUUCAGCCACCACAGUGUGCCUCUGCUGCGUUGCAGGGAGGCAGUCCAGUGGGGCGCAAGGGCUUUGUUUCUGCCUAGAGAGAGGGCUCUGGGGAUGGAGCUGAGGAACAACACGCCUGCCUUCAGACAAUGAGGCAUUCUGCCCUCCUGCUGCCCUAAUUCCUCUCCACUCAGAGCAGGAGCUGGUAGGAGAUGAGUGCCGCUGGCAUUCUGUGUUGCUCGGCACUUAGGUUUGUGUGUGUGGUUCUCCUUCUCGCCCACUCCUCCCUCCUCGGGCCAUCCCAUCCUAUCUGUGGGCUCUUCUACUACCAGCCUAUGCUGUGGGACUGUUAUGGCAUUUAGUUCAGAGUUGAGGGGCUUUGGCCUGAAAUAAAAUUCAAGUAAGACUGUUGUUGCAAUUUGUGUCUAACAAGCUGUAGCAGAGGAGGAGGGAGUGAGGGCUGGCAGUAGUUACUUUCAUAAAUCAUGAAUUUAUCAGCGUGGAAAUAAUGGUUCAGAACUGUGCACUGCAGCUCUCCUGCAUUGUGUGUGCAGCUCAAGUUUACCACUGGAGGAAGGAUUGUCUUCCAAAGAGCCAGGAUCCAGCUCUUCUCACAGUUAUGGGCAUGAACCUUGUUAGGUAUAAUUUACCUGAUGCUGCUUCUAUCCUCACAGCCUGUCUGAGGUGCCAGGUGCUGAAAGAGAAAUAAAGUUUGUCAACAGGCAGAUGCAAAGCCCUGGCUGGGACUCAUCCCUCUUUUCUGCCCGCCUCCCCUGGGUCUCUCCUUUAUAUGAUGCAGCAGAGCAAGGCGAGGAUAGAAAACCUACAGAGGCAAAUCCAACAUGUCAAAAGAAGUUCAUUUAAAAGGGAAAAAAACCUCCAUACACAACCCUCACAAAAACCCGACAGAUGCUAAGCUAAUGGCAUCCGCUCUGCCGAUUGGUGGGGAUGACUCAUGAAUAUUAAUGAGUCCAAUGCUCCAAAUGGUGCAGCUGUGAACCCAGCUGUGCCUGAAGCUCUCUGAUCUCAAAACUUCCAGACAGGAGCCGGAGGUGGUCUGUGUCAAUUCCCUACUCAGCCAAAAAACAGCAAGCUGGGUUGGCCGCCUUCUAUUCGCUCCUUUUCUUCCUGGAGUUGGUGCUCAGCAGCUAGUUCUGCCAGCAGGGUAGGCUGCUGGGACAGCAGGAGCCGUUCAAAGACGGGGAUGCGAUUUUUCUGACUCCCGGCUUUUUAAAUGAUCCGUUAACAGUAGUGCAUACAACAGCACCUCAGUUAAUCUAAAGCCAGGCACCAUCCCCUCACUGUCUUGUGCAGAGUUAAGUGUAGAGCAUGGAAGGAGAUAUCCUAAGAAGGGAAGAGUUUUUCUAAUAAUACGGGCCUGGAGUUACCAGAAAAACAAAGAUUUUACUAUCCAUCCAGGCAGUGCCAUUUGCCUCUCUCACAUUUUGCUCUGUCCCCGUGUGUACUAAGGGCUAGCCACCAUGGCUGAUGGCCUCCAUGGGGAGCUACGGGGGGAGGCGGCCUACUGAGCUGUUUUGUUAGAAUGAAAGUAUUUUUUUGUUAGAAUUUAGGUUCAAAUAGGUUCUGUGCCUGAUUCAGUCCCCUUUCUUCUGACAGCUACUUCUGUGGCCCAAGUCUAGUCAUCUCCUGUUACCCAGGAUAAGUGAUCCCAAGCUCAUGGGUUUCGUUUGUCUGGUGGAAGGAAGUGUGUGUGUGUCUAUGUGGGUGGAGGCGAAGGGGGCUUUCCUUGUAUGAAAAUAAUAAAUUUCAUAUGCAUCAUUCUAUUUGACAUCAGUGCCUAGUGAGGAGGGCAGGGCAAGUAUUGCACUCAUUUUCGAGCUGAGGAAACUGAGCUGAGCAUGAUUUUUAAAAAGCAUGUUUUUAGGUGGUGGUAGAAGAUAUUCACAUGAGAGGUACUUUCUAAGCUCUGUAAGACAAGGUUUUUUUCUCCCCCACCAAAAACUUUUUUUUAAAAAGCUGAAAUAAACUCACCGCUACUCAAGGAAAAAAAAAUCCCCCUGCAGAGCUUUUCAGAGUUGUUCUCAGAAGUCAGAGCUCCUCCACAGUCCUCGGUUUUCUGACUGCUGAGGCCUUAGAUCCACACCACCAAGUCCUAGGCACCCCGUACCCUCUCUGGUAGCUUUGCUUGGGAGGUGAUCGUGCCUUUUUAACAAUCUGAUAGGACAUUAAGUUAGCUCCAUGUUUGUGAAUUUGUUUAUUGCCUCAGCUCUUGCUGAAUAUUCUCAACACCCUAGGGGUGGGGAGGACAGUGGGCCCGGAGGAUGUGAGGUAGGUUUGGAGGUAGAAAUGGAAACAGCCCAGCUCCUGGCCUGCCUCAUGGAUGCCGCAACGGCAUUCAGUCAGGGGCUGGGGUGGCAUCUGUGGAUUUAUGGGUGAGCAGCCAGCUGAGACGCAGCUAAAGCCAAGCAGAUAACCACUGCAGCUCGAGACAGUGACUUCCUCAGAUCAAGCAGGGCACUGAUCCAAAGCCACCCCUACCAGGUGGCCCUCUGAUAGCAGAGACUCAGCUCUGUAGAGGGCAUGUCACCUGGUGCAAGGUAACCUCUCUUUGAAUUGUGGAUGAGUUUCCCCUUUCCUGUUCUCUUACCACCAUACCUUCUUCCCUGAGGCUUUCCUCAACCCACUUUGGAAGCCCCCCACCCACCUCUUAUCUCUCUCUGCUCCCUGCUUCAGCUCUUAUCUCCAAGGAACUGUGCUGGGAACUGCUACAGAGACCAAGUAUGCAUUUGGCUUACCAACAGGGCAGCAGGAGCCAGUCCUAGCAUGUUAUUAUAAGAAUAACUUCUUGGGGAAAGCCAGUUCCACCUUUGUAAUGGCUGGAUUUGGAGCUGGAAAGCUAGGAACUCGAAUCUCAAGAUAUAAUAAACAUGGACAAUUUAUGCUCAGAAGGAUAACAAGAGCCACACUUUUUAGGAGACAGAGUGCUCCUGGCUCAAUGAGCAGACUGAAUAAUUUUACUUCCCUUCCGUUCAGGGGAGACCUGGUCCACUUCCACCAGCAAAGGAGGAGAAAAAUAGGGGUACUUCCAUAGCAGUGAAAAGGGCAUGAAUAAUAAGUAAGGAGGGAUGGUAAAGCUAGAGUGUGAGAAUUAAGAGACUACCUGAAAGUCUUUAAGGUUUUUCCCCCUGGAAGGACAGGAACAUGAGAUGUUUCUUUUCUUCUUCUUCUUCUUCUUCUUUUUUUUUUUUUUGGUGAGGAAGAUUGGCCCUGAGCUCACACCUGUUGCCAAUCAUCCUCUUUUUUGCUUGAGGAAGAUUGUCCCUGAGCUAACAUCUGUGCCCAUGUUGGGGAUCAGAGUUGGCCACCUCAAAAUGUGUCUCUUUACCUUGAUUAUUUUCUCUGAAAGAAACUUUGACCUCCCCCCCACUAACUGCCUAAAAGAAUUUAAAAUAGAAGGCCAUCACCAUAGAUAACUCUGGAUAUGGAUAGAUUGGGAGGGUCUUUGCUAAGCCUAUUCUUAUCAAAGCUCUGGAAACCAAGUAAAAGUAGAAGUUACCCUUUGUAGGAGACAUUUACAUAAGGGAAAUCUCCAUGUAAAGGUAUUUCCCUCUCUGUACCAGGAGGAAGGGGGAUGACCUUAUCUCUAGAAACUCUUGUCAGUGCAGAAGGCAAGGACUUAAAUCUGCAUAUUAACCUUAGUCUUUGUGUGUGUGUGUGUGUGUGUGAGGAAGAUCAGCCCUGAGCUAACAUCCAUGCUAAUCCUCCUCUUUUUGCUGAGGAAGACCGGCUCUGAGCUAACAUCUAUUGCCAAUCCUCCUCCUUUUUUCCCCCAAAGCCCCCGUAGAUAGUUGUAUGUCAUAGCUGCACAUCCUUCUAGUUGCUGUACGUGGGACGGGACGCGGCCUCAGCAUGGCCGGAGAAGCGGUGCGUCGGUGUGUGCCCGGGAUCCGAACCCGGGCCACCAGUAGCAGAGCGUGCGCACUUAACUGCUAAGCCAUGGGGCCAGCCCGACCUUAGUCUUGUUUACUGUGCUUUUCUGAUAAUCUCCCAUAGCUGACUCCUCCCACCCCAACAUCCUCCUUUGUCUUUAGCUAAAGAUAGUAUUUAAGAUGAGAACCUCUGCUAUUUUGUCGAGUUACACAGGCUUUCCUGGCUCACCCAUGUAUACAUGUUAUAAAGCUUUGUUUGAUUUUCUCCUGCUAUUUGGUCUCAUGUCAAUUUAAUUUGUAGCCCAGCUGGAAA